AUGCUGAAACGCACUAAAUACAGCCGUCUGCGCAACGAUUCGCUGACAUCGCUGGAGGAUCAUCCCCAAAGAAUGCUCCCCCUGAAGAGGGACUUGUGCUUAGACUCUGAUUUUGCUCAGCUGGAUCCUGGGACGCCUGCACACCAGGGCCCGUCCACCCUGAGGGACUUCAUCCCCCGUGUGGCCAACAUCCGACUGCAGAGCCCCAUUUCCCUGCGAGGCCUGAGGGGACAGGCAACCACGGGACACACCAGCAAACCCUCAUCCAGACCAGAGUGGGGACCUGAUGAGAGGUUUUGUAGCCCCCCUUCCUUUAGCGCGCCCUCGUCGACCGGCCAACAACUCAUCCACCCUGCUCUGCGCUGCAUGAAGAGACCCAUCAGCCUGCAUCGGAUGGCCAGCCUCCCCUGGACACCUGGCUGUCCUCCCUGCUCCCAACACGGAGACGGUCUGUGCUGUUUGAAGACUUCCCCCGCAGUAGAUGACAGCAGAGCGGUUCACCACCACAUCAAGUACAUGGGUAGCGUGGAGGUGACCCAGUCCAUGAGAACCCUCGACUUUGAUACGAGAAUGCAAGUCACAAGGGAGGCGAUCAGCAGACUGCGUGAGAGGACGUCAGCCAAAACAGCAGUGAAAACUAAAAGGCCUGUGUGUAAGGGGCUGUCGGCUGUUCUGGGUCAAAUCAACCUGCAGUUUUCCGGCAGCAGCAUCAUCGUCACCGUCUCCACAGACAGUGUGACUCUGAUCGCUGCCUCCUCCUUACAGAAGAUUGCCCGACACCCCAUGCAGGCCAUUUCAUUUGCCUCAGGAGGAGACCCAGACAUGGCAGAUUACAUCGCUUACGUUGCCAAGGACCUUGUCAAUCAGAGAGCCUGUCACAUCCUAGAGUGUCCUCAGGGUCGAGCUGGUGAGGUUAUCAACAGCAUUGGUCAGGCCUUUGAGACUCGCUUCCGGCAACUUCUGAGCCAAACGCCGUCGCUUCUCUCCACCAGUCCCAGCUCAGCAGUGAGAAUCUGUCACAAACGGUGCCCAGAGGAGACAAUAAAACACCAAAACGCCAAGCGGGAAGGUGAAGUCGGUGACCGCCGUGAUUACUACAAUGUGAUCCCAGGAAAGACGCCUCCUCCUGGUGGGAUAGAAGACCUGCGGAUCACAAGGGAGGAGACCAAACAGGAAGCCGACUUAACUGGGGUCUGUUGGUCUCGACCGGUUUCGCUCUACGAGAACUGCUCCGUCCCUGAAGAGGCUCCAGCUCCACCUGCAGUGCAGUCUGAGGUUGAACAGUCCACUCCACCGACUGAGACUCUGGUCCAGAACCUGAUCCAGGAAGAAGAAUGGUUCCACGGCAGGUUAGGAAGGGAGCAGGCGGAGUCCCUCCUCACCUGUAGCGGGGAUUUCCUGGUCAGAGAGAGCAGCUCUGCCUCUGGUCAGUAUGUCCUGAGCGGUAUGGAGGGAGCCACCGUGAGACACCUCCUGCUGGUCGAUCCACAUGGACAGGUGCGGACGCGCGAUCAGGUGUUUCUGAGCGUCAGCCACCUGGUGCGGUUCCACAUGGAGAACCAGAUGCCCAUCGUUUCUGGAAGCAGUGAGCUGUGUCUCAAACAGCCAAUCCUGCAAUCACACUAGAAUCCACAGACUGUAUGUGUCAGAAACAAUGAGCCCACGCAAGAACAUUUUAAACCCUUCUGCUGCCCGGAAUAAUAAAAACAGCCGAGUCCUGUCAACACAGUGGACUUCAUUUCCUGUGAGCGGUGGUGAUUAGACAAAAUUGCAUCAAUUUGUUGGGACAAUAUUGCAUUAUUUGGUCUUUACAGUGCUGUGUCCGUUUGAUUUUUCUAACACGAGUAAAUUCUCAAGCCCC